GCUGACACGAUGUAAUACUUGUGAAACUUGUGCGAUGAACUGCUACAUGCUAUGCCAUUCCGCGUUGUACUGACGCCCUACUAUGUCAACUCCGUCCGUAAACACCCCGCUGCGGGGUAUCCUGUCUAGAGCUCCGUACCUGUUGAGUGCAAUCCCGUCAGCAUGUGUAGGAUUAAUCAGCUGAAAGCAGGUGCUGCUGCUUUACGAUUGCGCUAUUCGACGUCUGUGACGUAUCUUUUUGCUUGGAUAUAUAUAGGCCGGAACUCGAGGGCAGCCUAUCUCCAGUUUUGAGAACACGACUUGACAACCAUUCAGUCCUCAGAUCACAGCACAAGCUUCCUAAUCCACGAAACCAAGAUUACAUCAAUCCGUCGACAAUGCCGAAGCUUUUCAUCACAGGCGCGACUGGUUAUGUCGGAGGCGACGCCCUCUAUGCUAUAGCAAACACCUAUCCCGACCUUGAAAUCACAGCGCUCGUCCGGAACAGCGACAAAGGCGCAAAGGUUGCUGCACAGUACUCCAAGAUCCGUCUCGUUUAUGGCAAUCUUGACAGCACUGAGCUACUUACCACCGAGGCUUCCAAAGCAGACAUCGUGGUCCACGCCGCCGACUGCGACCACUUAGGUUCUGCAAACGCUCUAAUUGCUGGUCUUGCUCAGAGUCAGAAGAAAGCCUUUCUAAUUCACACCUCGGGCACAGGUGUGCUUGGCUUCCAAGACGCCGAAAGCAGCACGUACGGUGUCAAGCGGGAGAAGGUAUAUGAUGACUGGGACGGCAUCGGCGAGGUCACUUCUCUCCCCGAUGUGGCUGCCCAUCGCAAUGUCGAAAAAGUUGUCCUCGCAGCUAGCGAAGCCUCUGCGGGCAACAUCAAGUCUGCCAUCGUUUGUCCACCAUGCAUCUACGGACCUGGUCGCGGUCCCGAUAACCAGAGAAGCGUCCAGGUAUACGACAUGGCCAAAGCAACACUCAGUCGUCAUAAAGGAUUUGUGGUUCAGGAAGGCACCAAUAUCUGGACUGAGCUCCAUGUUCAAGAUCUCAGCGAAGUGUUCCUCGCCCUCAUAACGGCUGCCCUGUCACCGGACGGCGGUAAGGCCACCUGGAACAACGAAGGCUACUACUUUGUCGAGAGCGGAGAGUUCGCCUGGGGCGAUAUCGGACGCAAGAUUGCACAAAUCGCUCGCGAGAAGAAGCUGAUCAACACCGCUGAUGUCGAUAUAGUGGACAAAGACGAGGCGGAUAAGUUGCGAGGAGCCGGCAGCUAUCUUUGGGGCACCAAUUCUCGCUGCAAGGCUAUUCGCGCGAACAAGCUGUUCGGUUGGACACCCAACCAGAAGAGCCUAUCUGAGCUGCUGCCAGAGAUCGUGGAGGACGAAGCAAAGAAGCUGGGCUUAAUCAGAAGUCAUGCUGAGGAGGCUACCAAGGGACGCAUCUUGAGGUGA